GCUAGGGUAAAAUCGUAAAAAAGCCCACAGACUGUUUUUACCAUUUAGCCCUCUUCGAUGAUUCAAUAGAAGCCCAAUGGACUCGCCUGGAGAAUCCGCCUCCUCCUCCUCCUCCUCCGGCGAGCGGCGGCGAACAUGCACCACUGGAUGCGGUCGUCCUAUGAGCGUUUGCCUCUGCCACACCCUCCCUACAAAUCCGCUCCCCACCGCCACGAAGAUCGUCAUCCUCCACCACCCACACGAGCGCCGCCACAAGCUCGCCACCGUGCCCCUCCUCCCCAAGUGCCUCCAGAACUGCGAAAUCAUCGUCGGCCGUAAGCUCAAGUACGGAAAAUCGGAGCUUCUCGAUUCGCUCCACGAUCAGCACUGUGAAAACCCCAAUUUGCCCCUCGGUCGAGCUCUUUAUCUCUUCCCUGGUCCAAACGCCUUGCCAUUGGUCGAAGCCAAUCGAGUGUAUUCCUCCUUUGAUGACGUCAGCAAAGACGAUCUCGUCCUAAUCGUUUUCGACGGGACUUGGAAGCACGCAAAGGAAAUGGUGCUUGCAAGUAUCCCGUUUUUAUCCAAAUUCGCCGUCCAAGUUUGUUUGGAUUUCGAUGCUGGUAUUAAGGGUGGAACUAUUUUCGACUCGGAAUUGAUUCUGAGAAAAGAACCGUUUGGCGGUUGUGUGAGUACAAUGGAGGCUGUUGCCAGGUGUCUUCGAGUACUCGAGCCGAAUAACGGUGUCGAUAUUGAGUCGAGGGUGAUUGAGGUUUUGAGAGCUAUGGUUAGCUUCCAAGCUUGCUUUUUGAAACCAAGAACCGAAAACGAUUGAAAUUUAUCGAGUUUUCGACUCGUGACAAAUUUAUUUACAUCUCAGUUUCUUUAGGGUGGUGGGGGUCCUGGCCCCCCCUCAUUUGCUUUUUUAUCCUUUUGUACCUAUGCUAAGUUUGCCUGCCUUAGAUUGGCCUCCAUGUACUACUGUUCACUUGGUGAAGAAAGUUAAUCACUGUUUUGUUGCCUCU